AGGGGUUCGGGGAUUGUUGACAGAACUAUUGAGGAAGUCGAAACAACCUGUUUGGUCAACGGAGGCAAAAUGUCUCCAAUAAAAGAUUUAAAUCUAACUUACCAAGCGCUCAACGAACAGGGCACUUUCUCUGCAGGAGACACUAUCAGUGGCACCGUUAGUUUCAUCUUGACAAAAGACACCAAAGUCAAGAGUGUUGCUGUCAAAGCCAAAGGGGACGCUCACGUACAUUGGACAGAAGGUACUGGAGAUGACAAGAAGACGUACACUGCGCACAGGAGGUACUUCAAAGAAAAAGAAUACUGCGUCGCAGAAAAGGAUUCAGGCACUGUACUUUCCAAAGGGCCCCAUCAGUUCAAAUUCAACUUUAGAAUCCCACAAGAGGACAUGCCAUCAUCAUUUAUGGGGUCUAGUGGAAGAAUUGUCUACCUGCUUGAAGCAAGCAUAUCAAGGAGCUGGCGAUUUCCUUCUUCCAUACAAAAAGAGCUCAGUUUUGUUUCAAAGUCUUUUCCACAUAUCGGUCAAGCCCUGUGUCCGCAGUCUGGUUCAGUGAGUAAAGAAGUGGGGACUUUCUCCAAAGGACAGGUCAAUCUGUCUGCCACUGUUAACAAAAAGGCUUGCUAUCCAGGUGACACUUUAUCUGCUUUUGCCAACAUCUCUAACAACUCUACCAAAGAUGUGACGUCCAAAUUCAAUUUAGUGCAGAAAACAGUGUACCGCGCUGGUGGCAACACUAAUGUCGUUCAGAAAAGUCUUUUCAAAUCAGUCGGGGACGUUAUCCAUCCAAACACAGAGGCAACAGCCUCUUGCCAAGUGAAGAUCCCUGAUGAUGCUAUCUACACUGUCCAUAACUGUGAAAUCAUCUCCAUUGAAUAUUACCUGAAGGCAUAUGUGGAUAUUAGUUUUUCCUUUGACCCAGAAGUGGUGUUUCCACUGGUCCUUGUUCCUUCGAGUGUUCUUGCAUUUUACACUGCUGAGCCUAUGGGGCCAUACCAACCUGCUGCUGUCGGAGGACAAAGUUACAGCGAUUUCCCUCCUCCUGCCUUUCCUAUGGGACCGAAUCCUGUACCCAUAGGCCCAGGUGCUUGUCAGUACCCACCACAUCCCACUCAGCAAGUGAACAUGACAAGUGGCUAUAAUAACCAGUGGCCACAACAAACCACUCCGUACGGGUUUCCACCUGCUGCUUUCCCACCGGCAGCUUACCCGCCAUCUUCAGUGCAGCCUGCAGCCCCUACAGCUCCCACAGCUCCACCUCAGUUUCCACAGGGAGAAGACCCUCCGCCCUAUAUGGCCCUUUACCCUCCUGCUCAUGAUUUUCUUGGCAGUAGUGGCCCAGAUCAAAAAAGCUGAGCUCCUGACGUAACUUUACACAUAGCAUAAUGCUGAAAGAGGAAGAAGACAUUUGCACUAUUUAAAAUUCAAUCUAUCAAGUUAUUACUGUUUUAAAAUGUGCUUAAAAUAAUCUCUGCAUGCCUGUCAUGUUGAAUGAUGUACAAAUUAUACAAAUACCCACAACUGUUGGUGUAUUCUUGAGCUGUGAAUUAUCAACAUAUUAUAAAGGAUUCCUUCUUUUGCAAAGUUUUUAUGAAUAGGUCUGAAUUCAUUUACUUAUAAGACCUAACUAUGGUAUAUGCAUUGAUUCGGCAAUUCUUACUAAGUCCAGAAUGUCUUUUUUACUAUGUAAAAUACCAUUACUACUUUUUCAUUUGAUUUUUAUUUUUUUUUAAUAGAAUGAACUUUACUCACUUUGAUAAUGCUUAAGAUGUAAGAUAUUUUAAAAUAUCCUUUAUUCAGUUUGACCUUAAGAUUUUUUAAAGUUAUUUGGAUGUUGCGAUUUAUAGUUGUCAUUAUGUUUUGUGAUUUUGUGUCUUGAUAAGGCUAUUUUGACUGUUGAUGCACAAGCAUUAAGUAAGUUUAAAUUGAUCAUCAGAAUAACUAAUCCAAGUACUCCUCUGACUGGACGAUUAGGACGCCUCUCAUAUGUGUGGGGAGAAAGUGUUGACAUGUUGCCCAUAUACCUUAUGAUGAAGGUAAACCAGACCAAAUACAUAUUUCAGCAGUAAGUUUGUGGAAAUUCCUGUCAUUGUUUUUGAAUGUAUAUGUUUACCGGUGUUGUGUAUGUGUCUCUCAUUAAGGGCAAUUACAAAAUAAAGUGUAAAAACUG